AUGGCGGAAAUUUACAGCAAAGCAUGUCGUGUAGUUACCUGGCUUGGAGAGGCGGCGGACGAUAGUGAUCAAGCUCUUGAAGAAAUUGCCAUUUCUGCACGGCAAUCUAAUAUUACAAGUUUCUCAGACGAGCAAUCUACACAUUCUCCUCAUUCACGGUUUCCUAUCGCAUUGUUUCGGUCUCCUAUCCCAUUGUAUGCAACCACAGUCGAGAUUGAACAUACUCCAAACAACAGAAUGAACCCGACGGCGAUUUUUGCACUACUUCGACGUCCAUGGUUUCAGCGCAUUUGGAACCUGGUCCGUUCUGUGACUGACCUCAUGAGGGAAUCGAUCUUCCGACCUAAAUUUGCAACGAGUAGCUCAAAUUAUUACUCCCUCAACAUCCGCCCGCUAGUUGAACUGAUAGAAACUUACUAUGCCCAUCAAGCGUCUGAUGAUCGCGACAGAGUGUAUGCCUUACUCGCCAUGAGCUCUGAUAAUCCUGUAUCAAGAGGUUUAUUGCCUGACUACACAAUUUCAUGGGCACAGCUAUUUGUGCAGCUUGUCAAGUUCCUUCUCUGCGAACAAACAUCCGUGGAUAUUUGCCAGACUAGGAGGAUGGUAGUGAUCAAAAGCAAAGGCCGUGUUCUUGGCACGGUUCGCUCGGCGAGGCGUACUUCCUGGAAUCACACGCAAAUUUUGGAGGUCGAUUCCUUACCUUUCGUCAUUCACCCUGAGAAGUAUGAUAUUAAGGAGUGGGAACUCCCAGCGGCACGGAAGAACAUACAAGCUGGCGACAUAAUUGUUUUCUAG